AUGGCGCCUCCUACUGCAACGUACACAGAAACUACCACGCCCUCGGCGGGAUAUGAUAAACCAGAUUCACAACCCGCGGGCACUGCCACCAACGAACCCAAUCUAACCCAACAUGGCGCUGAAGCAAAGAUGCAGUUCUUUCCCUCGCCACCUAAAUUCGCCGAUAAACUCGAGGAGCGCCAGUACUUGAAGGAACGCCUGGCACUGGCCUUCCGCAUCUUUGGGAAAUACGGAUUCGACGAAGGUGUCGCGGGCCAUAUUACCAUGCGGGAUCCGGUUGACCCUCAUACCUUCUGGGUGAAUCCAUUUGGCCUUGCAUUCUCCUUGAUCAAAGCCUCGGACCUUAUUCUUGUCGACCAUGAAGGGAAAGUCAUUGAUGGUGGACCUAACCGUCUACUCAACACUGCCGCCUACAUGAUCCACGCUGCGGUGCACAAGGCGCGUCCGGAUGUUCUCUGUGCGGCCCAUUCUCACAGCAUCUACGGCCGCUCAUUCUGCGCCUUGGGUCGACCAAUCGACAUCAUCACCCAGGAUAGCUGUGCCUUCUACAACGACCUUGCCGUAUAUAGGCAAUUUAAGGGUGUGGUGCUCGCGAAGGAAGAAGGGGAAAACAUUGCCAAAGCUGUCGGAAACAAGAAGGCCUGCCUUCUACAGAAUCACGGUCUCUUGACCGUCGGUCAGACCAUCGAGGCUGCUAUCUUCUGGUUCGUGAGCCUGGAAAAGUGCUGCCACGCCCAGCUCAUGGCCGAUGCUGCGGCAGCCGGUCGAAACGAAGCCACCAUCAAGAUCGAUGAGGAGGACGCUGCUUUCACAUACAAGGCUGUCGGCACACCCAGAGCCGGAUGGUUCAGCGCAAAGCCAUUAUUCGACCUCAUGGCAAAAGAAGUGGGCGAUGACUAUAAGAAUUAA